AACCUCGAAACCUUCUAGAGGUCAGGUCAGGGGUUCGAAUCCCGGCGUAAGCGAGCUUUUCUUGCAAAGUGAGUUUUUCUCUCGCUUCCGCUCCUGGCCUAGUGGAUAGCGCUAGUUCGUGUGUACACAGAGCGAAGAGAGUGCUGAACUCUUCUCGCAUUAAAAAUCGAAGGCAAAGUACCGCAGGAGGGGAGGGUAGAGAGGGGCUCUUCUGUGUGACCACGGGUUGGAGUAAACGGCACCAGUGCCGUGAGCGCUGAUUGGAAGGGAAGACCAAAAAAAAAACAAUCAGAGAGCUCCGUGGAUGCAAUCGAGGUACCUAUCGCCCACGGCCGCACAGCCUUGCACAGCAGCAUUACAGCAGUGAGGACAUUCAAAGUCAGCCGCCGGCCUCUCUAGCUCUCUCUUCGCCUUUCUAUCUUGAGGAACCAACGGUAUCGGCCUUCGCCUGCUACUCUUUCCUCCAGGCUCCUCGGCAAUGGACGUGAUCGGGAACCUGGUGGGCGGGCAGACAUGCGCCGCCGAUGGCACAACGGCGUCUCGGAACCCGAUAGCUCGUCUGGUGGACACCCUCAUGGAAGGGUCAGCGGGGGCCGGCAGCCAGAUGAAAGGCCCCUCGCGGCGAGACUUCGGCCCACGACAGCAGCAGGGAGGGCCGAUGAUGCGUGGUCCCCCCCCGGGAGCUGCUGCCGCUGCCCAUGCCCACGCACAAGCGCAAGCUCAAGGAAUGAUGGGUCCGAUGGUGGAGCCUAGAGGCAACGCGAGCCAUCCCGAGCAGGGUCAACACCGGCACCCUCACGGCAACAACGACUGGGCGCACGAGUUCGAGGGCGGCAACCGCGGACCUCCGCCGCACAUGAUGAUGCAAAACCACCGCCAAGACUUCGAUGGUGCGUGGGGCGCAGUAGCGGCGGCUGGCGUGCACCGGGGCCCACCACCACCGCCGCCUCCUCCUCCUGGUGCCAUGCUCGCCGCACGGGGGCGGGACGGGGCCGCAGCUGGGUGGGGGAACGAGUUCCACGGACAACACGAGAUGGGAGGGUUGAUGAUGCACCAGCCGCAUCCGGCGGAGCUUGAGCACCUGGAGGCAGCCUGGGCGGCGCAGCAGGGAGGGUUCGGGUCUGAGCCCAUGGCGUACGGACCUGAUGGGCCGCCGCCGCCGCCGCCGCCGCCAGCCGCGGCGUUCGGGCCUGGGAUGGCGCCGAGACCUGGGAUGCACGGCCAGGUAACCACUGCUGGUACUACCGGCGGCGGCGUAGCGGGUAGCAGCGGCAGGAGUACGACGUUUGGCGUUAAAAGCGAUUAUUUGGGCAAUGGUGGUGUAGGAGAGGCCGCCGCCGCCGCCGCCGCCUCUGCUGAUGUCACUGCCGAGAGUCUUGCUAGCGCCUGCGGCGACGAGGAGAAGGGGGGUGGGGAGGGGCAAGUCGGCGCUAGCGCGAGGUCGCUCGCCGGGCAGAUGGCGGCGGACCCGGACGGGCGCUUCCGCGACAGCGAGCUGCUCCGAUUCUCGAGCCGCUUAGGCACGGGGGGGGUGCGGAUCUCUGGCGAUAAGGUGGUUCCGGGCUCCGGGGAGGCGCAGGGUCUCGAUGAGGCCUGGGCAGGGGGGGCAUCGUCGCAGCAACAGCACCAGCAGGCCGGCGAUCCGGCGGCGGCGGCGGCGGCAGCAACAAAGGCGGAUUUUCAAGUGGCGUACGCGGAGAAUGAAGCCGCCGAGCAGCAGCAGCAGGAGCGGCUGGUGGGCUCCUUCGGCGACGCUUGGACCGGCCUCGAUUCCGGAGUGGGGGUCCGCGAAGAGCCCUCCUUGAAACCGUCGGCGGCGGAACUGCUGUCCUCGGCCCAGGAGGAGGCGUGGUCCGACGGAAAGACCGGCCUGGCCCCCGACUUCCAAGAGAAAAUGGAAGCGGCGUGGAGAGAAGUGGAGGAAGGGGGGGUCGGGGCUGGGGCGGGGGUCGGCGACCCAGACCUCCAGGCGAUUUGGGAGGAUGCUGACGACGACGCCGCGGGAGUUGAGACUCUGGAUGGCGUUUGGAGCCGAACCGCGGCGACUCUGGAGGCCGGCGAAGGGAACUUGGAGGCCCCGUACGAGCUCAGCGCGGAGAACCGGUUCAACGACGUCGACAGCCCGUUCGAGGAGGGGGUUAGGCUGUUCGAUGAGGGUCAGAUAGCGGACGCGGCGCUGUGCUUCGAGGCAGAGAUCGCGAGGAAUCCCGACAACUCACAGGCAGGUGCGUGGUUCAUGCUGGGGCAGAGCCAUGCGGAGAAUGACCAAGACCGAUUAGCCAUCUCGUGCCUUGAAAAGGCGGUGGAGAUCGACCCGUACAGCCUAGAUGCCUUGCUGGCGCUCGGGACGAGUUACGUGAACGAGCUGGACUCUCAGAGAGCGUUGACGAAUCUCAAGGCAUGGGUCGAGCACAACCCAAAGUACUCGGGCCUCGAGAUAGCGGUGGACGAGUAUAGCGACGGCACUCUGAUGGACGAGGUGAUGCAGUUGAUGCUGCAGGCACAAAGGUGGGACGCGACGGACGCGGACGCUCACGUGGUUCUGGGGGUGCUUUACAACGUGUCUCGCGACUACGACAGCGCCGCGGAGGCGUUCCGAAGAGCCAUCGAGGCCAGGCCGAACGACCACUCGCUAUGGAACAAGCUCGGAGCAACCUUGGCCAACAGCCGACAGAGCGAAGCCGCCCUCCCCGCGUACCGCCGGGCAAUCGCUAGCAAACCCGGGUACGCACGGGCGUGGCUGAACAUGGGCAUAAGCCAGGCGAAUCUCAACCGUUACGAGGAAGCCUCGUCGUGCUACCUACAGGCCUUGAGGUUGAAUCCAGAAGCGAAACACAUAUGGUCGUACCUGCGCAUCGUCUUCAGCAGCAUGGAGCGCUUCGACCUGGUGCAGAAAGCAGGCAAGGAGGACGCCGGGCUGUUCGAAGACGACUUUGACUUGGCCCUACCCACCCCGCCGCCGUAGACUCAGGCAACACGCUGGUAGAUAGAUAGCUGGUUGCUUGAACGGAUACGGGUUGGUGUUGGACGUAAGCGGUUGAGAGGGUACGGCCAAGCUGACUGAGAUUGGUAUCUAGUCCUACGACCGCCCCCCCCCCCCCCCCCCCCC